AUGUUGUGUCGCACGAUUGAUUUGCGCGGUGGUAGUUCCGUUAUGCGGUGUCUGUGGUCCCGCGGGCGAACCACGAUUCACAAAAUCGAACAGACCAAACGUCACGCCCAAAUACAAUUCACAAAUUUGGACAAACUAAGUGAAUUCGGCUACUCCUCGCUCUGGUGUGGUCGGUCGGCUCAGCCGACGUCGCGGCAUGGCCGACGACGCGGCGUGGUCGGCUUGUCGGCCGAGCGCAGACCUCUGCCUGUUGUCCCAUGGCCGGGCGGACCACAAAUUAGAGAGACCAAUCUUUUCAUUAUUAUUUAUCUUCCAUUUCUUUCUUUUUUUCUCUCUCUCUUUCUUUCUUUAUUUAUUUCAUCCGUUUCUUUCUUUCUUUCUUUCUUUCUUUCUUUCUUUCUUUCUUUCUUUCUUUCAUUUCUUUCUUUCAUCCGUUUCUUUCUUUCUUUCUUUCUUUCUUUCUUUCUUUCAGCUGUUUCUUUCUUUCAGUCGUUUCUUUCUUUCUUUCUUUCUUUCUUUCUUUUCUUUCUUUCUUUCAUCCUUUCUUUUCUUUCUUUCUUUUCAUUUCUUUCUUUCAUCCGUUUCUUUCUUUUUUCUUUCUCUCUUUCAUCCGUUUCUUUCUUUCUUUCUUUCUUUCAGCUGUUUCUUUCUUUCUUUCUUUCUUUCUUUCUUUCUUUCUUUCAUCCGUUUCUUUCUUUCUUUCUUUCUUUCAUUUCUUUCUUUCAUCCGUUUCUUUCUUUUUUCUUUCUUUCUUUCAUCCGUUUCUUUCUUUCUUUCUUUCUUUCUUUCAGCUGUUUCUUUCUUUCAGUCGUUUCUUUCUUUCUUUCUUUCUUUCUUUUUUCUUUUUCUUUCUUUCUUUCUUUCUUUCUUUCGUUUCUUUUUUCUUUUUCUUUCUUUCUUUCUUUCUUUCUUUCUUUCUUUCAUUUCUUUCGUUUCUUUCUUUUUCUUUCUUUCUUUCAUCCGUUUCUUUCUUUCUUUCUUUCUUUCAGCUGUUUCUUUCUUUCAGUCGUUUCUUUCUUUCUUUCUUUCUUUCAUUUCUUUCUUUCAUCCGUUUCUUUCUUUUUUCUUUCUUUCUUUCAUCCGUUUCUUUCUUUCUUUCUUUCUUUCUUUCUUUCUUUCUUUCUUUCUUUCAUCCGUUUCUUUCUUUCUUUCUUUCAGCUGUUCCUUUCUUUCAGUCGUUUCUUUCUUUCUUUCAUCCUCGUUCUUUUGUUCUUUCUGUACCUUUUCCUCGUCCUUUCUCUAUUUCUCUUUCUAUUCACCCCCACAUUGUCAUUCUUUGCUUGUCAUCCUGUCACUCCAUCUAGCGGCUCUAUUAUCUCCCCUUUCCCGUUCCCUUUCGCGACUCUUGCCGCUGUCAACUUAAUGAAAUUUGGCAGUCUUUGCCGACAUGACUUGCGGCUCAUGUCAAUUACGGACCAUCCGUCGGGGCUGGGACUCUGGCUCUGGGGAGCAUGUGGCCGAGGAUUACCUGAAAGUCCGAGCUCGGAGACUUCAGUGUUGGUUUAUAUUUCAUCUGAUUACUCCGAAUCUUUUUCUUUCGUUAAUGACAAUUUACAUUCUAUCUAUCUAUCUAUCUAUCUAUCUAUCUAUCUAUCUAUCUAUCUAUCUAUGACUCUUGUGGGUGACGAAUUAUUUGCUCUCUCUCUCUCUCUCUCUCUCUCUCUCUCUCUCUCUCUCUCUCUCUCUCUCUCUCUCUCUCUCUCUCUCUCUCAGAGGCGGGAUGUGCAGCGUUCAUCUGUUCAUGUCACUGUAGCGGCGGGCUUUCUUUGUGAUGAUCACAAAAUCAUCCGUGUUGUUGCUCUUGCUUUCAAUAAUCCUGAUGGCCAUGAUGAUAAGGCUUUUUUAGAGAAAGGGAAAGAAAAUGAAAAUAUUUUUCUCUUUUUCCUUUCUUUCUAUUUUUCUUAUAUUUCAUCUUUUCAUUAUCUACGCUUAUUUUAUUUUUUCUAUUUUCUUUUUUCGUUUUUUUUUUUUGUUUAUUCUUUUUCAAAUUCUUCCCUAUCUUUCCUUUCUUUUCCUUCUUUUCUUUCAUUUGUUUUCCAUUUUUUAUUCCUUUACGUUUCUUAUGCCUCUUUUUCUUUCUUAUUUCCGUCUUUUAUGAUUCUUUUUACUUUUAAAGUUAUUCUCUGUUCUAUCGCCUAUUUUUUUCCUUUUUUAUUAUUUUCUAAUUUUAUUUUCUAUUUUCAUUUUAAAAUUUCACUCCAUCUCUCUCUCUCUCUCUUUCAUUCUUUCUCUCUCUUUCAUUCUCUCUCUCUCUUUCAUUCUUUCUCUCUCUUUCUUUAUCGUUUCGCCUUUUUUGUAACCUUUAUCGUUUUUCUUUUUCGACUAUUUUCAAUUUUCUACACUUGCCUCCUCUUUUAUCUAUCUAUCUAUCUAUCUAUCUAUCUAUCUAUCUAUUUUUUUGUUUUUAUUCAUUUUUUCGCAAUCUCGUUUUCUGUCUUAUUUUCCGCAAUAUUUUUUCUUUUUCUUUCAAACCUUCUUCUUUUUUCUUUAUUUUCUCUCUUUUUAAGUUCAUCUGUUCUCAUUUAA